AUGCCCCCAAAAGCCGCAGACCAGAAGCGAAAACGAGGUCGCCCCUCAAACGCGUCUAAAUCGGCCGACGCGUCGCCAGCUUCUCCCGAAGCUGUAGAAACGGAAGAAGCAACGGCACCAGCGAAACGCGGUCGACCAAACAAACGAAAGGAUGCUGAAGUGUCGUCUCCUGCUGAGGUAUCGAAAACCAAAAAGAGGGGCAGACCACCCCGCGAAGCAGCGGUAGAAGCAGAAGUUGAAGAAGCGAAUGAAGAGGAACCCGAACCGGCGCAAGCGAAACCAAAAUCGAAGAAGGCCAACAAGAGCGAUUCAAAGGAUAGCGAGGAAGCGGCAGACGCAGAUGGGUUAACGAGCCGAGGAGAGAAAGCCGCCUCACGAGGUAAAGCAGGCCGAAAGCCAAGAAAGGAGGCGAACGAGGAGGCCCAGGACGCAGACGAGGCCGACACAAGCAAUGCGGCCAAGAAGAAGCGUGGACGGCAGCCGGCAAAAAAUACGGAGGAGGAGUCCGGGGAGGCUGUAUCUCCAGAACCAGCACCCAAGAAGAAGCGCGGGCGACCGUCUCUAGAUAAGAAACCAGCGACCGAAGAACCAUCACAAGCCGCCGAGGAGGACGUCGUGCCCAAGAAACGGGGAAGAAAGCCCAAGGAAAAGGCUCCCGAGGUCGAAGAGCCUGCGCCUGAAGAGGAAGUGGAGGCUGAGGCUCCUCCUAAGAAGAAGCGCGGACGCAAAGCAAAUGUAACAGUAGAGGAGGUGGAGGAGCCACCAGCUGAAGAGGAACCGAUGGCUAUAAAAAAGAGACGCGGUCGCCCUGCAGCGCAAGCCGAAUCAGAAGCGCAGGAGGCGUCACAGUCGGAGCCGAAAGAAGGCCAGAGGCGGAAGGGGAAGCAGCCCCAACCAGCAGAGGAGAUUACAGCCGAAAAGCCUAACAAGAAGCUGCGGAAGAAAGGUGAGGAGGAGGAAGAAGCGUCACCAGAUACCCAACGUCGCCGGCCUGGCCGUCCUCGAACUUCAGAUGCAGCAUCCACACCGGAUCAAACCUCGCAAGUGCGCAAAUCCAAGAAACGUACAACGGAAGAUGAUGCAGCAGAAGCAUCAGCGCCCGCAAAGAAACGCCGUCGUCGCACGUCCGACGAAAUCCAAAAAGAAAAACAGCAACAGAAGCAGCAACAGCAACAGCAGCAACAGCAACAGCAGCAACCCAAACCCGAAGCGCCGAAAACGGUUCGACGAGCCCCCAAACACCGUCACAUCGCCGCCCGCGUCCGCCAGGUCCCCCGCUCCAUAAUAGAAGAGAAAUGGUCCCCGCUCACGAACCCCUCCCUCUCCAUCGUCUCCAACCUCCUCCGCCUCGCCGAGCGCCCCGUCCUCCAGCGCAUCCCAGGCAGCGAGAAGCGCCGCGACCAGGCCGCCUCCGCCCUUCACCUCAUCACAAACCGCCUCGUCAAGAAGCUCUCCCGCGGCCUGCCCUUCCCGCCGGCCUCGGCGCCACCCACGGGAGGUAAGAACGGUAGCAGGAAGCUGCUCGACACGGACAGCGGACGUGUCGAUGAGCUCAACUUUGAGCGCGUCAUCGAGGGCGUUGCGACGCUCGAGAGGCAGCUCGAUCCCCUCCUCCACGCAGUCGACCUCCUUAAGACCGAAAAGGAGCGCGAGGAAAAGGCUCUGGAGGAAGACUACGAUACCCUCCACACCCUCGAGGCGAACGCGCGCUCCGAGGCACGCAACUUCAAGGAUAGUCUCCGCAAGACGCACGUCCUUUUGCCGGAGGCCACGAAGCCCAGCACUGCUUCCGCAGCCGUUGCUGCCGAGACCGCCGUCAAGCACGACGAGCCAGACUUCAACUUCAUCGUCUCCAAAGAGGGCGUCGGAAACGGCACGCCGUUAUUCAAGGACCUCGAGGACGACGAACUGCGCGGUCUGGCGGCGCAGGUCGGCAGCCACAUGGAGAGCAUGCGGGCCAACCUGCAGCAGAUUGACGGCGUCGUGCCGCAGAUCGUCAAGAGCAGGGCCGCGCUGCAGGACGUGCUGUUCAAGCACUUGGAUCAGCAGAGUUUCGAAAAUGUCUUGUUUGGAUGA